CGUGGCCUCAGAACAGGCAAAAACUCAUUCAUAAAAAGAAAUGGUCGACGAGUCUGCGAUUUACGGACAUUGACGAAUUCUCCUUAAUCAGAAAUUGAAGCCGAAUCAGUUGAAAAACAAAAAGUGAAGCAAAAAUGGUUGGAGGUGGAGCUCCACAGCGAGGAAGUGCAGCUGCAACUGCAAGUAUGAGGAGGAGGAAGCCUGGUGGUAGUGCCGGAGGUGGAGCAGCUGGUACAAUGCUUCAGUUCUACACAGACGACGCCCCUGGUCUCAAGAUUUCUCCAAAUGUUGUUCUUAUCAUGAGCAUUGGUUUCAUUGCUUUUGUUGCUGUUCUUCAUGUCAUGGGUAAGCUCUAUUUUGUCAAGAGCAAAUGAAGAGGAUACAAACAAAGCUAUGUCAUCAUACCUUUUUCACGGUUUAGAAUUUUGUCAGUAUAGUCGUUUCAUUCACGUUUUGAGUUUUUGUUGUUUUCUUGACUAGUCUCAAUCGAUCUCAACAUUUUGCAGUUUCUUGCUAUUUCAAAGUUUUGUCUUUCUUUAUACAAACUUUUAA